CUCCCGAGGAUAAGAUCAAGAGCUGGACGCGCAAGUGCCACCACAAGCUCCCCCCGCCCGCAGCCACCUAUAAAAUCCGACGACCCCGCCACGCAGCUCCGGCACUCCACCCUCGGCGACGACGAAUCACGAAACACUUGAAGAAGAAAGCAGCAGGCAGCAACGCAAUGGCUUGGUUCGCAUCGACGGCAGCCGUUCCGAGCUGCGGCGCCGGGGCCCGGCGCGGCGGCCGGUGCGGGGCCCGCGCGUCCGCGGUGGCGAUGGCGCCGGGGACGGCGAGGACGCACUACGAGGUGCUCGGGGUCGGGGCCGGGGCGAGCAGGGGCGAGAUCAAGGCGGCGUACCGGCGCCUGGCCAGGGAGGUGCACCCGGACGCCGGCGGCUGCGGCGGCGACGAGGGCUUCAUCCAGCUGCACGCCGCCUACGCCACGCUCGCGGACCCCGACGAGCGCGCGCGGUACGACCGCUCGGUGGCGCGGCCCGCGGCCCGCGGGGCGGCGCCGGCGGGGUUCCGGCCGCGGAGGUGGGAGACCGACCAGUGCUGGUAGGGACACAGCUGCGCCUGCCCGUUGCGCCGCGACCUACGCUGCCACCCACCUCCGCCGCUCCAUCCGUGGCCGGCGGUGAAGUCGCCGGCCGGCCGGCCCAUCCCAUCAUGUUGGUGGAGGAAAGGGGAAGGGCCCACGUGGCCCACUUCGACAGCGGGUCGCGACUAUUCUCCGCGACCCACUGGGCCGAUCCGCGAUCAGCCCCCGGCCCACGAGUUGGAUCGGGGACGACGCGGCGGCGCGGCGGCGGAGGUCACUGCACUGACCUGACCAGGGCGGAGGAUGGGCCCAGGGAGCAGGGGAGCUCCUCUCUCUUCGUAGCUUGUCCCCCCCUGUUACACGAAGAGAGGCAUUUUUAUAACAUCUCUUGUGUACUUACUUGAUCACCUUGUAAAUAUGGAUAAUCUGUGUGAAUAUAAAUUCUCGUCUUGGACGGUAAACUAUCCAAGUAGGCAAGAAACGGUAAUAUUUCCAAGGGUUUCAAAAGUGAUUGUGAGGAUUUUGGUUAAAGACAGGCAAGUCAACCAAUGCUAAUCCUGCCUGUUUAGCA